AUGGGCUCUCUUGCGGAGGGAUCCGCGUCGCAAGAGGAAGAGAUCACAGUGCUGGUCACUGGCUUUGGCCCGUUCCGCGCCCAAAACCCCAUCAAUCCCUCCUGGGAGAUUGCGAAAGGGCUGCCGCCGUUCCUCCCGCCUUCCGAGUUCCCCCCUCUGGAAGUCUCGGCGAUCGCGAAGGCCGUCCCGGUGCGGAUUCUGGUGCACCCCGCGCCCGUAAAGGUCGCGUACAAGUCCGUGAGGGAGCUGGUGCCGGCGCUGUGGGACGGGAGGAAGAUCGACUAUGCGAUACACAUCGGCAUGGCCUCGGGGCGGAAGUUCUACAGCGUCGAGAGGCGUGGACACCGGGAUGGGUACACGAUCAAAGACGUGGAUCAUGAGCUGCUGGGAGACGAGGAGCGGCGGAAGAGAGAGGGAGACGGCUGGGUGUGGAACGGCAUGCCGGAGGAACUGCUGAGCUCGAUCGAUGUCGAUGAUGUGUGGAAGCGGUGGAGGGCUGCCCUGCCGGGAACGGAUGUGAGGGUCUCCGAGGACGCUGGACGCUACCUCUGCGACUUCAUCUACUUCUCGAGUUUGGCGCAUCUGGCGAGGAAGGGGGAGGACCGACGAGUGGUCUUCCUGCAUGUCCCUGUCGCCGCCGACGAGCUGGCCAUCGAGAACGGUAUCGAGAUCACGCUUGAGCUGAUACGGGCGAUUGUCCAGAGCGGGCGGAUGAAGCAGGUCCUGGCUAGACGACGAAGCUCUCUGGAGGAUGGCGAGUGA